AUGUCAGGCAUCUCCCCACCAUCAGAAGACCGAAGCCGAAGCCGGACAUCAGGGGAAUCCUCCUUUAGCGACCCAGAGCUUUGUAGCGGUCAGGCCUUCGUCCCGGCCGCAGCAACCAUUCUUAGGAUCCGCGAACCAGCCCCCACACCACAAAGGAAUGAGGGGUAUAGCUCGUCCUCCGCGGCGUCUCCCCCACAAAGGGGUCCCGAGCUUAGCGCAACACAAGCAACCUUUCUUGCAGGUGCUGCCGUGACACACGCCCACCACGCCUCCGGCGUUGCCUUGGGUGCUGCGUCCCUCGCGCACCAGGCUGCAGAAAGGGAACAGCAAACAGUUACUCAAGCUAGGGAGGCCGUAAUGCAAGCUAGCUUUCAAGCUGCAGCGGCCGAGGCACAAUACCGCGACGAGGCCCAGUCGAUUGCACGAGCUGCGCAGGGUAUCGUGGAUGAUGCUAGGUUUCGAGAAGCUAGCCUUAGGCAAGAAGCCCAAUCCGCCAUCGACGCCACCACUCGUGAGGCUCAACAACGGGGGUUUAUCAGAAGCUCUCCGGCAAGCCACUUUGGCACGAGAGCAGGCUGUGACGCUGAUAUUGUGAGGCUAGCAGAUGAGAUGGAGUCGAUGCAGCGGCGUCACGAGGAGGCAAUGGCCGUUAUGGCCGAGCGAUACCGUGAUCUGUCUGCCAAGUUUGUGGAAAGUAGCAACGCCCAAGCGCAGCGAACCCCCACAAGAACCCGUCUCUCUUUUCCGGAGAUGUCUUUCUCCCCGGAUACAAGCCAAAAUGAUGCGGUCCAACAGCCCACAACCCCUGUGAUUGAACCAGUGCCUGAGGAACAAGAGACCUUAAGCACCCCGCUUGUUGCACAACCAACAGGUGAGAGCGAUGCGCCCCAAGAGGGUGCAGCCGCUGGCGCACCAGGGGGGGAGGCCAGCUCAGGGUCUCCCGAAGAUCCACAGCCUACUUCAGUAGACCAAAGGGUUGAUGAAUUGGCUAAGUUGGUUUCCGAUCUAGCGAAGUUGGUCGCAGCUAGUGCCGCGCAGUCUGGUAGUGCAGCCGCGCCUUCGGGUGCAGCCCCAAGCGCACCAGCAGAAGCACAGUCCGACCCACCACCUCAGGUACCCACGUUGAACCUAGGAGGCACCACUCAAGCCACAGCGCCCCCAGGCUCACCAGGAUCAGGCGGAUCAUCCAGCUCAUCGUCCUCAUCUGAUUCCUCAGCAAGGUCCGAGCACCCAGCAUGUAGGAUGUGUGGUUCUAAGAAACACGCAGAAGAGGAGUGCCCAGAGCUCACCUGCAACAAAGAUGGAGGUGAUGAUCCAGCCCCUGACGGUGAUGGGGCCGCAGCUUCAAGCGCGGCGGCUCCAAAGACCAAUGCAGAGCUUGAGGAGGAGACCAUCAGAGUGAAGUCGCUUUCUGAUUUAUCCUUCCCAAACCCGCCACAAAACGCAGCGCAAGCGAGGGGGUUUGUGAAUCAGACUUUGAUGGCCAUUGGAAAGCUCCAGAAGACCCCAGGCGAUGAGGUGUACAUCUGGGCACAAGAUUGCCUCAAGAAGGAACCUGCCGCACUUUGUAAGGACGGGCGCUUCCCUCGCCUUGACCGCGAGAUCGCCGCCAAGCUUAUCAAAGUGUGUCGCCACGGUCGCUUCGGGUUGCUUUUUCAGCAGAUGGUUGAGUCUGAAAGGCUUAAGUCGGGUGGCAUGCCCAAUGGGCGCUGCAUGCUGCGCGCCAUAUACAGUCACUUCCAGUUGGAACGUGAUCGUAUGGGUAUGUUAGCGGAACGUAACCUCCUGAACAUUAGGAUCGGAGGGGAUGGUAUUUCCCACCUGGAGGCAUUUCGUGAUAAGUAUCACUACGUCGCCAAUACCAUUCCUGUAGAGGACCUUCCUAAGGACAGUACGAUCUUCAAUCAUCUUAUCGAUGAGUUCGAAAAGGUUUCAGUUCUUAAGCCCAAGGUAGAGAAGGCGAGGGAAGCAAGGCCGGGAUCACACCGUCGCACCGCCGCAUGGUUGUGGAACCGCGUGGACAUUGCAAUCGACUUGCACCAGCAGCGUGUCAAUCGACAGGAGUUCGAUAAGUCCUUGCAACAGAAGCCAGAGACCUUGACUUCCACCUCCCAGCCUUCAAAGCCAAGCGUGCCCGCAACACCCGCACCGGGCCAAGAGCGCCAGGAACAUGACCCCGGAGGAGAAGGCCAAGACACCGUGUAUGUUUUGGGCGUUCGGCGCCUGCAAAGGCGACCCUUGUCCCUGAAUCAGGAUGGCAAGAUCACCUGGCUUUGGGACACGGCAGCAGGUAGGCACUUGAUAGGUCGCCAGGCGCUUUCCUCCAAGGCCCUUUCCUGUGUCACCCGCUCCGAGACACCUGUUGGUUUUGCCACUGGUGGCGGCGCGCGUGAAGGCACUCACAGCCUCGCGUUUGAGGGCAGCCGGUUGUUACCUUCAGAAGAGCAGGUCUACGUACUUAAGGAGUGUCCACCAGCCUUUUCUGUAGGUAAAGCUGUCCUUGACGAGGGAUCCUUGUUUGUCUGGGACCCUCGAGAACACCGUCCGUACUUUGUGAAGAAAGAAGACGUGCACCGCUGCAAGCUUCGUAUCCCGCGCAAAGCGAGGAUCAAUGCGACCAGGGUCGUGGAAUAUGUCCCUCAGUUCGAGGAGACAUUGCGACCGGCAGCUGAAGCAAGCUAUCCUCGCACAACCUCUGGCGAUUAUGAUUGGGAAGCCGACGUCGUCGAGAAGCAUGCAGAGAAGAAGGCUGAAGCAAAGCGGCUUUUUCGCGAAGGCGCUGUAGGUGAGACAGCUGCCAGUGAGAGCUCCGAAGAAGAGCCCUUUCCUGAACUCUUCAAGGGAAAGCCCGCAAGCACGCAACAGCCUGCCGAAGGCACAGCCGCCAAGGAGGCUGCCUCAGGCGCCUCUAGUUCGCGUGAGGGGGCUGCUCCAAGCGCCCCUUCCACAGAGCAACCACCACCGUUGCCGCCUCCUCCAGAGCCCUACUCUAAGACCGAAGAACUUAGAGCCGAAGCCACUUCUGAGAAGCAUCUUAGGACCCACUUUCCUAAGAAUCCCUUCUGUAAGAUCUGUCACAUCGCCAAGACCACCUCAAUGCGUGUGGCUCAUAAGCCCGAUGCCAAGGCAGAUGACAUGAUUGAUGUCCCCCCUGCUCCGUUCCAACAGCUUGCCACUGAUGAUGUCAUCAUGGCAAAAGGUGAUGAACACCGAGGCAUAGGAACCGGAGGGGUUAAGUCACAUCAUGUAGUAAGGGAUGUUUUCUCAGGGGCUAGAGUUGCGUACCCUAUGACGCGUAGGGGUGCUCCCCAGCAUGCACGCAACUUCCGGCAUUUUAUAGGUCUAAGGGCAAACGAGAUGUCGCCGACCUGCCUCAUUAAACUAGAUGAAGCUGGCGAGUUGAUCGUAGCGGCGGAGGAGGUAGGCCUGACCCCGGAACCCUCUCUCCCUAACAGAUGGCCCCACAACGCCUUACUCGAGAGGGAUAUCCGCGAGGAAAAGGAAUGCUGCCGUGCUAUCCACCUCCAGAGUGGACUUCCUUACGACAUGCAUUCUUACUCGUACCCGUACGCGUGCCUUUCCUUGUCCUUUGACAGGACGGCACCGCUAGGGGGGGUCACGCAGUGGGAGGCCCUCACAAAGGAGCCCUUCAGUGGGAAGAGGGCCUGUUUUGGGCAACUUGUCUGGUACCGCUCUAAAGGUUCUAAGCGCACUCUUGAACCCAACAUGUCACCAGGUCUUUUCCUAGGGUGGCGGAUAGACGCAGGCAUGCGCUAUCGCAAUGUUGUUAAGGUUCUAGACUACAACGACUUUCGUGGUAAACGCAACACGUCUGUCCACGACGUGCCAGAACCUGAGUUGUACAUAGAGGACGGUCCGCCCAUCUUCCCAGUCGCGAAUGCAACCCGUAAGGCGCUAGUAGACGGCUCCACCUUGAGUGCUGCCUCCGGCGCACUCCCCGAGAUCCCAUUGCGGGAGAUUCCCUUUGCUCUUGAAAGCAUCGGGCCGCCGGCGCCCAGAACACCUGGCGUUAGGACGGUUUAUAUCACCGCCGAUAGGAUUGUUAAGUUCGGGGAGACGCCGGGUUGCUUAGCGUGUAGGGGAAAGGCCACAAAGCACACCGACACUUGCAGGGCACGCUUUGCCGAGCUUGUUAAAGCAGACAAGGAAGAAGCUGCUGCAAGGAGGGCUGCGCUUCGCGCCCUGGGUGAGUCACCAGAGACCCCCGCGCCUAGCGUUGCUCCGGAAACCCCUUUUCCAAGCACUGCUCCCGAAACUCCUGCUCCAAGCGUUGCACCCAGUACUCCAGUACCUCCAGCUUCCGCUACAGUGAGCGUUGUUUCUGCAGGCGCUGCUUUGCCACCGUGCACUGCCAGUGCCACGUGUCUCCUAGACACUGUGCGUGGAAAGGAGAACUUACCUGUGUUUGGUUUAGCUGCACCCUCUAUCGGGGAGGACAAACCACAAAAGAGAGGUAACAAGCGGAGGCGCGUGAACGAGGAGCUUGGAGUACCCCAUGUACGCCUCGCCAAAGAAACUUUGGACGUUGAGAACGAACUUGUGGCUGCCCAACUGCACGAACAGUUCAGUGCGUGUCCUAAGAGUCGCCUCUGGGUGUCUCUGCCGUGCACCUCUGGAUGCCAGUGGCAUCGCGUUCAGCUUAAGAGAGGUGGCGGCGAGUAUCGCGCACGACUCCUGCAAAAGAUUCAUAGGUCUAAGAAGUUGUUCGCACAGUUUGCUGAGCAUGCUAAGACCGCGCUUGACCUCGGGAUUGACGUCACGUUUGAGUGGCCGAGAUAUUCCGAUUCAUGGAAGAGGCCUGAUGUAAAGGAGUUCUUUAAGGACCCUAGGUUUAAGGUUGUUGACUUUGAUGGUUGUAUGUUAGGUGUGUCUGCUUCAGGGGGGCAGCCGGUUAAGAAACCAUGGCGCCUCAUGACAACAUCCGCAUCUAUCGUAUCAGCCUUUGAAGGGAUUACCUGCAACCAUGAUCCCAGUGAGCACGUUGAGGCUCGGGGAAAGGAUCUUGAACUCACUGGGUUGUACACGCAAGAGAUGUGCGAGCGCAUCGCCUUUGCCAUCAACCCCAGUAGGGCCUAUAUCUCGGUUCCUGCGAUGCCGAUCUUACCCACUUCCACAACUACUGAACACCGCGAAAAGGAACAGGAACUGAAGCACGUUUCCGCUCUCAGUGGAUACGAGGACCUUGCCGCCGUAAUAGAGUCCGACCAGGAAGCCUCUAAGCUUGUAGAAGAAGUCGUCGACCUUUCCGCCCUUAUGUGUGCAGUCCAUAGCAUACCUAAGGAAGCACCCUCAAAGGAAGUGUCUGCAAUGGUGACGAAACUUCUCUCUCGGGCCGAAAUGCUCUCCUCACCUGAGGCCCUCAAUGCGGUGAAACAGGAAGCAGACGGUCUUCGUGCAGUUCCUGUGUGGGACGAAACGAACCCGCAGGAAUACGCUAGCGUCCAAGCGCAAGCGCGCCGCACAGGCACUAAGGUACACUUCGGCAAGCUGAUGAGCAUUGCAUCCAUCAAGUUUUGGGAACUUGCCAAGCACCUUCAGAAGGUUAAAGGCCGAAUCGUGUACCGAGGUGACUGUGCGAAGGACGAGGAGGGCGCCGCAGCGGUUUACAGAGAGUUAGGUGCAAACCCCACCUCUGUUCAGGGACUUAAUGCCUGUUUAGCUUACGGUAGCUUACCUGGCCAUCAGUCUAGUGCCGCAGACGCCGUCAAAGCGUAUGUGCAAGCUCUUCUUAAAUCCAAGUACCAAACAUGGAUAGAGCUACCGCCUGAACUUCGUCCUGCUUGGUGGCGUGAGUGUUUUGCAAAGCCAGUAGUGCUGCUUUUACGCGCACUGUACGGCCACCCAGAAGCGGGCGGACUUUGGGAGAAACACCUUAAAGGGGUUCUCAAGAGUAUGGGUGGACAAGAACUGCCGGAAUAUCCAGGUAACUUUUGGUUCCCUGAAACUAAGCUCCUUCUUUCCACUUACGUUGAUGAUCUUACCCUCUCUGGACCACAGGAGGAGCACCAACCCUUUUGGGAUGCUUUAUGUAAGGUUGUUGAUGUAGAACCACCAGAGCCUGUGUAUCGGAUCUUAGGUCGCAAUCAUUGCACUAUCAACGCCGAGCCAGAAGGCACCGAGAAUGCUGCCCUAGGCGCAUUAAAGGGUGCCAUGGCGUUUGAUAUGUUUGACUACACGCAACAGACCGUAGACCUUUACAAGGGCCUCACUGGCCUUAAGGCUCUAAAACACGCUGCCACUCCCUUUGCUCCAGAGGCUUCACUUCCCGUGAGCCAGGAGGAGAUCGCUGGGGAGCUUGCUCCUAAUGCAUGUGACCUCGCGACCAAGGUACAAAAGUGGUCGAGGAACGAUGAUAAAAAGCUUCUUCGCCUGAUAAGCUACAUCGAUUCCACUAAGACCCACCGCCUUGUAGGCGCUGUGUCGGACGGGCCAAGGGAGCUGCAUCUUGCGCUCUACGUCGAUGCUGACUUUGCAGGGGAAAGGGACGAUGCUAAGUCCACUAGUGGUGGCUUCUUAGUCCUGAAAGGUCCCAACACCUUCUUUCCUCUUGCAUGGGUGUCCAAGCUGCUAAGUUUCUUAAUUCACGGGGAUCAAAGCGGCCCUCGGGAACUAAGGGUGUCCGGUUGUCCCAAAUUGUUGUUCUCGUCGCUUGUUGGCUGA